AGUCUGCGCUGCCCCGGCCGGGCCGGGGCGCGUCUGGGGCAUGGGGCAGGGAGAGCCCAGCAGCUGACCAUGGCUGAGGGCUGGCCGUGGAGCUCCCGGCCCGGGGCUGCGUGCCCCCGCAGGGCCGUGAGCAUGUGCGAGUCGCUGGACCUGCGGGGCGACCCGGCGGUGCAGGCUGCCCUCACGGCCGCCCAGCAGCAGAAGAGACGGCCCAAGAGCCUGUGCUCGGUGGGCAACGGGCUAGGCCCUGGCGCCCUGCUGCUCCCAGCGCCCCCCGCCAGAGCCCGCAGCGGCUUGCUGGACUUCUUCAGGCUGCGGCCUCCCCGCCGGCGGGAGGAGGGGGGCCUGGCUCAUGGGGCAGAUGGGGCACAGCGCCUGCGCCCAGCCAGCAUGACCUGCCUGCCCUCGGGGCGGCAACCGCCCGCUGCCGAGGCCUCGGGCUUCCUGCGGGGCAGCUCCCUGUGGGGCAGUGGGCGCUGGAACAUCUUCCGGGGCAGCGACCGCAGCAGCGCCGGCCCCAGGAGGAACUUCAGCUCCCUGCGCAAGAGCUUCAGCUUCCGCCUGCGGCGCGGCCAGGAGCUGCGGCGCUCGGAGUCGGGGGGGCUGCUGCGCCCGCCGCGCCUCCGCACCAAGAGCGAGGGCGACGCCAGCUCCCUGCACACCUGCCCCAGCAAGCGGGACCUGCUGUACCCGGAGCUGGGGCGAGCCGGCGGGAAGCCGUGCUCAGGCUCCGGCCAGGCCGGCGGCCUCUGGAAACUCCUCACCAGCCGCUUCCGCAGGCGGGACCGGGGCAGCGCCGCUCCCCAGGAGCCCCCCCGAGGCACCGAGCCCCUCCUUGUGGCUGUGGGGGGCAGCCCGCUGCGAGCAUUGGAUUCGUUUGUGAACAGCCAGGAAUGGACCCUGAGCCGCUCGGUGCCUGAGCUCAAAGUGGGCAUCGUGGGGAACCUGUCCAGCGGCAAGUCAGCCUUGGUGCAUCGCUACCUGACUGGCACGUACGUGCAGGAGGAGUCCCCAGAAGGUGGCCGGUUUAAGAAGGAGAUCGUAGUGGAUGGUCAGAGUUACCUGUUGCUGAUUCGAGAUGAAGGGGGUCCCCCCGAGCUCCAGUUUGCCGCCUGGGUGGACGCCGUGGUGUUUGUCUUCAGCCUGGAGGACGAGAUCAGCUUCCAGACGGUGUAUAACUACUACCUGCGGCUCUGCAGUUACCGCAGCACGGCCGAGGUGCCCAUGGUCCUGGUGGGGACGCAAGACGCUAUCAGUGCCACCAAUCCCCGUGUCAUCGAUGACUCUCGGGCCCGCAAACUCUCCAACGAUUUGAAGCGCUGCACGUACUACGAGACCUGUGCCACCUACGGCCUGAAUGUCGAGAGAGUCUUCCAGGAUGUGGCUCAGAAGGUGGUGGCCCUGCGGAAGAAGCAGCAGCUCUCCAUAGGGCCCUGCAAGUCCCUGCCCAAUUCACCCAGCCACUCGUCUGUCUCCGCUGCCUCUAUUCCCUCUGUGCACAUCAACCAGGCCACCAACGGCAGCGGCGCCUUUAGCGACUACUCCUCCUCCGUGCCCUCCACCCCCAGCAUCAGCCAGCGGGAGCUGCGCAUCGAGACCAUCGCUGCCUCCAAUACGCCCACCCCCAUCCGCAAGCAGUCCAAGCGGCGCUCCAACAUCUUCACGUCUCGAAAGGGCGCAGACCCGGAGCGGGAGAAGAAGGUGCCGGAGUGCAAGGCGGACAGUAUCGGCAGCGGGCGAGCCAUUCCCAUUAAGCAGGGCAUUCUCCUGAAGCGCAGCGGCAAGUCCCUCAACAAGGAGUGGAAGAAGAAGUAUGUGACGCUGUGCGAUAACGGAGUCCUCACCUACCACCCCAGCCUGCACGAUUACAUGCAGAACGUCCAUGGCAAGGAAAUAGAUCUGCUGAGAACAACAGUGAAGGUGCCGGGCAAGCGGCUCCCCAGGGCGACGACGGCGACAGCCCCCAGCGCCAGUCCCAAAACCAACGGGCUUGCCAAGGAGCGGAGCAGCAUGCAGUUCCCAGGAGGCCCAGGUGCCCCCCACUCGACCAGCAGCACCUCCCUGCACUCCGAACGCUCCAUCAACUUGGUGGGCUUCAGCUCGAAGCCAGACGGCAUGCACCAGCGCUCCUACUCCGUCUCCAGCGCAGACCAGUGGAGCGAGGCUGUGGUGAUCCCCAGCAGCUGCCCCAACCCCCCUAAUGGCACCGCAGAUGCUCUCAGCUCCAGCCCAAACACGUCCAACGCUGCGAGCCCGAAGCUGGAGCCGCCUCCAUCCCCUCAUGCAAACAGGAAGAAACACCGCAGGAAAAAGAGCACAGGGACAGCCCGCCCUGACGGCCCCAGCACAGCAGCAGAAGAACAAGACGAGUCAUUCGAGUUCAUCAUCGUGUCACUGACGGGCCAGACCUGGCUUUUUGAGGCCUCGACGUCCGAGGAGCGGGAGCUGUGGGUUCAGGCCAUCGAGAGCCAGAUCUUGGCCAGCCUCCAGGGCUGUGAGAGCAGCAAGAACAAGGCUCGGCUAGGUAGCCAGAGCGACGCACUGGCCCUGCAGACGGUCCGCACUGCACGUGGGAACAGCUUCUGCGUGGACUGCGACGCGCCCAACCCUGACUGGGCGAGUCUGAACCUGGGCUCCCUCAUGUGCAUCGAGUGCUCUGGGAUCCACCGUAACCUGGGCACCCACCUGUCCCGGGUGCGCUCCCUGGACCUGGACGACUGGCCUGGCGAGCUCAUCAUGGUCAUGACGGCCAUCGGCAACGCACUGGCCAACGCUGUCUGGGAAGGGGCGGUGGAGGGCUAUCAGAAGCCGGGCCCCGAGAACAGCAGGGAGGAGAAGGAGCGUUGGAUCCGGGCCAAGUAUGAGCAGAAGCUGUUCCUGGCUGCACUGCCGCACUCGGAUGUGCCCCUGGGGCAGCAGCUGCUGCGGGCCGUGGUGGAGGACGACGUGCGCCUGGUGGUGACGCUGCUGGCCCACGGCACCAAGGAGGAGGUGAACGAGACGUACGGGGACGGGGAUGGGCGCACGGCACUGCACCUCUCCAGCGCCAUGGCCAAUGUUGUCUUCACGCAGCUGCUCAUAUGGGUGAGGAGAAACCCCUCGCUAACCCCGGUUCCCGGCUCCGAUCCCCUCCGCCCCUCGCUGACCCCGGUCCCCCAGCCCCUCACUGAGUCCGGUUCCCGGCUCUGGUCCCCUCACUGA